AUGGACUAUGCAGAACGUUUCGAGGCAGCAAAGGAAUUAGAGAGAUAUGAUACGAUAGGGCAACUUAUGGGUCUGGACCCGGGUGUAUAUGUCCCAGCCAAUCCAGAUAUGAUCAUCGAGCACGAGGAAGAAGUCUACUCUAUAGAUGAAGAACGUUUCGAUGAAGAUGGUGGCGCAGACGUGGAUAUGGACUACGGCUUGGAACAGGAAGAGCAAGAUGGACAAGAAGAAGAAGAAGAGAGAAAAAAUCCAUUCCGUGAUUUUCUUAUCGACAUGGUGGACACUGGCAAAGCAACGAAUAGGUGGAAAAUUAUGCGUUCUUACUUUAAUCUUUAUUUCAAGAAUAUCGUCGAGAAACCGGAUAUACUCCGUAUGUACUUCCCUAAUGAUAGUUUGACGGAGGAACAGGAACAAGAAUAUGUGAAGUUCUUUGUAUCUUUGCAAAACAAACUGCGGAGAUUACAGAAGUUCCCAAAUUCAAUUCGCAGGGUGCCAUUUAAAAUAAACAUCAAAUGCGAGAUGGAAGUGGUGGAAUCACCUUGA